CAAAGCCAGCAAUGGAGACGGAGGCUACACGGAUGGAUCCCAAACUAUAUAUAUUUUUUUUAAUGCAUUUAUCUUUUAAUUACUUUUUAUAUUUCUUGGACAUUUCCUUUUUUGACGUCGGAGCUGAUGGAUAACAAUUAUACUAUUAUGUCACCUUUCCCUAUCUGGCGUCUGCCUUGGGUUCUUUACGCCAUGGGAAACGUUUUCCACAGAUUUCAUUUAUUUUAUAUUUUCCCUGAAGUAACUAAUGAAGGUGAAACUUUACCUGGCAAAACUCCGCACAGAUAAAAGGCUGGCAAAGCUGCAAUGGAAUGUUUCUGGCAUUGCUGAGAGAUAAUAAGUCAUCUAUUAACAUUUUCCCAUCUAACGAUCAAGUAUGCUAGGAGCUGUGAAAAUGGAAGGACACGAACACUCAGACUGGAGCAGCUACUACACAGAACCAGAGGCUUACUCCUCAGUAAGUAACAUGAAUGCUGGAUUAGGAAUGAACUCUAUGAACACAUACAUGAGUAUGUCCGCAAUGAGCACCACAGCGAACAUGACCGCAAGUUCCAUGAACAUGUCCUAUGUGAACACUGGAAUGAGCCCGUCGCUGACCGGCAUGUCUCCUGGCACUGGCGCUAUGGCUGGCAUGGGUUCAGGUGUGGCAGGUAUGGCUACCCACCUGAGCCCCAGCAUGAGCCCCAUGAGCGCCCAGGCAACGUCCAUGAAUGCCCUGGCACCAUACACCAACAUCAACUCAAUGAGUCCUAUGUAUGGACAGUCCAAUAUUAACAGAUCCAGGGACCCUAAAACUUACCGGAGGAGUUACACCCAUGCCAAGCCGCCCUACUCUUACAUCUCGCUCAUUACCAUGGCAAUUCAACAGUCUCCCAACAAAAUGCUGACCCUAAGUGAGAUCUACCAGUGGAUCAUGGACCUCUUUCCCUUCUACAGGCAGAAUCAGCAGCGCUGGCAGAACUCCAUCCGCCACUCCUUGUCAUUCAAUGACUGUUUCCUCAAAGUGCCAAGGUCUCCAGACAAACCAGGCAAGGGCUCCUUUUGGACUCUCCAUCCUGACUCAGGGAACAUGUUCGAGAACGGCUGCUACCUGAGGCGCCAGAAGCGCUUUAAGUGCGACAAGAAACACAACCCUAGGGACAGUGGGGGUAAGAAACUCUCUGAAGGGGGAUCUAGUGUGGGGUCUGCUGCCACCAACAGCAGCUCGGAAAGUUCUGGGGGCAACGAGUCCCCCCAUUCCAGUUCAUCUCCAUGCCAAGAGCAGAAGAGGGCCCUUGUAGACAUGAAAACAAACCAAGGCUUGAGCCCAGAUCAUACAACAUCUCCAGUUUCCCAAACUCAGCACCUCCUCUCACAACACCAUUCAGUGUUGUCCCAUGACGCCCAGUCCCACCUCAAACCAGAACACCACUAUUCCUUCAACCACCCUUUUUCCAUAAACAACCUAAUGUCCUCUGAGCAACAAAACCACCACCACCACCAUCAUCAUCACAGCCACCACCACCAUAAAAUGGACUUAAAAGCCUACGAACAGGUGAUGCAUUAUUCUGGCUAUGGCUCCCCCAUGGCAGGCAGUUUAGCUAUGAGCACGGUAACGAACAAAACUGGCUUAGAGUCCUCCCCAAUUUCAGGCGACACCUCAUACUAUCAAGGUGUGUAUUCCAGACCAAUAAUGAACUCUUCCUAAUUCUAUACAGCAUAAUGGACUUGCUCACAGUGACUGUAUAAAUAUAUGUAAAAACUAUAGUAUGUGUUUUAGUGUCCGCUCUUGAGGUGUACAGUUUGUUUUUUUCUCUUUUAGCUGUCAGAUUUGUUUAUCUAUGUUUGAAUAUGUUUUUGUGUUACAUCUUAUUGCAGGGAGUAUAUAUAUUUUUUUUGUGAAAGUGAUGGAUCCUUAUUAUAACUCUGUUUGAAACUAGUUUCUGCAAAGGACCAAAAGUGUGUAAUAUUCAUGAUGUGAAAAGAAGCAAAAAUAAUUGUGUAACUGACAAAAAAAGUUUUUUUUGUUUUUAUUUUUAAGUAAAAUGCUUGAAAAAGGCUUAAUUUAUGGUUUCUGUAUACUUUAUUUAUGACUAUGUAUUCUGGCCUGUCACAGCCAGAUCUUAACAAUCUCUAUU